GUUAUGGAUUAAUGAUUUAUUUAUUUAUUUACAGAUGAAGUUUGAAUCUCUGUUCAUUCUAUGGGUGGACACAUUUGCAGUUAAAUUUUUUUCCUGUAGAUGACAUUUGUUCUCUGUUCUGUCCCGCUGGAGACCUAACAAGACACGAAGAAGUCUGACCUCCAAAAAUGUGACAGCCUUGCUAAUCUAUCCCCGAUAUAUCGGUCUGAUUUAUCAGAAACAACGUCAAUAUGAAGACAUUUAAUAAUCACGGAACCUGUACACUAUGUAUGGUCAUCUCAACAACACGUUUCAAAUACAUACAUUGUUAGACGUUUUACCAGUACACGACUUUACUCGAUUAUUGACCUGUUUUGUCUGGUAGAUAUAUGGAAAAACAUGCUUGCGUUUUCCUUGCAGGUCUUCAUGAGUUGACGACGGCUGUGUGUACUCUGACAUAAAUAAACAUGGUUGGAACCAAAACAUUAGACUUCUACACGGUAGAACUGUCGGAUACAGUAGGAUUUUGAAGAAGAAUUGUCAUACUGCAUUUAUUCGUGUAAUAUGAACGGUUGAUAGCUAACGAGUUACAAGCUUGUUAACAGUUGGCUAACGUUAGCUACCAACAGUAACCCCGAGAUUAGCUAACUCUAGCUAGCUACUGUACACCCAGGACUGUAAAGAUGUUGCAGUGUGUGUCUCGGUCGUGUUUGAGGAACGGGAGAAGCAUCGUAGACUACGUCGUCAGAUACGGCUCUACUCAGACAGCACGAGGUCUGUCGAGCUUGGGCUCCGGUAGCACUGUGAGAGCUCCACGUUCCUGGUCGGUUCACCCGGUAACGGACAUCAACCGAAGAGCCUUCACAGGGUCUGUGUCGGUGAGUUCUAGAAGAACCAGGGAUGUCCAUGAAUCACCGACCGCUCCCGCCCGCAUGGGCCGGGCUGGGAGCGACCUGGGCGUUGAGGACUUCGGAUCUCUUUCCGCUGAUUUUUCUUCCAGACGGGCCUUCCGGAAGACCACCCCAGAGCUGCAGGAUAUGUUGUACCGGGAGGAGAGGCAGGCGGCCGGGCAGGAGGAGGAGAGGGAGCCGGAGGCCUUCAGAUCUAGGACUGGUCGGAGGAACACACAGUACUGGUACUUCCUCCAGUGUAAAAGACUCAUCAAGGAGAACAAGCUGUCUGAGGCCCUGUCCAUGUUCCAGAGGGAGAUGUUGGAGGGAGAGAGACUCCCACCUGAGGAAUAUAACUACACUGUCCUGAUAGGAGGCUGUGGGCGAGCAGGACAUCUCAAACAAGCCUUCAAACUCUACAACGACAUGAAGAAGAGAGGUCUGGUUCCUAGCGACGCCACCUACACCGCUCUGUUCAACGCCUGUGCCGAGUCACCACGGAAACAAGCCGGGCUGCAGCAAGCCAUCCACUUGGAGCAGGAGCUGCGGCGGAAGAACCAUCCCCUCAGUGACAUCACAUACCAUGCCCUGCUGAAGACACACGCCCUCACCAACCACCUUCGAGCCUGUUUACACACACUACGGGACAUGCUACAGGCUGGUCAUGCAGUAACUCAGGAGACCUUCCACUUCCUGCUGAUGGGCUGUGUGAGAGACCGAGACACUGGCUUCAGACAGGCCCUGCAGGUGUAUCGUCAGAUGUUGAGGAUGGGGAUUCGUCCCGACGUCCAGAACUACAACCUGCUGCUCCGCGCUGCUAGAGAUUGUGGGAUAGGUAACCCCGCCGUGGCCUCUGCCCUGCUGCUGACCUCGGAUUGCGGCCAGGAAGGUCAAGCGGUAAAGUUCAGGGGUCAGGGGUCGACUCCGCUGGACGUCGACGCUCUGGAGAGUCAACUGUUCACACAACACCCCGACAACGACCUUAGUCACCAUAACAAUGACGCCACUCACCGUAGCAAUGACCCCAGUAACCAUAGCAAUGACCCUAGCAACAUCCUCAGUCACCAUAGUGACAUGGACAGCAGUGUGGUCGCCCCGAUAACAACCCAACUGGUGAUGGUGAGGAAGGGAGGAGAGCAAGAGGCUCCCAUUGGCUCUCUCCCCUGUCUGUCAGGAACCAGUUCCCACCCCCCCAACCUGCUGGACCUAUCAGUGGGCAGGGCUGAAGAGGGGUGUGUGGUCUCGCUUGGUGUGGUGAGCGGAAUGUUCGAUAGGCUGGCGCUGAUGGGCGGGGCCCAGGGCUUCCUGGAUAAAAUGGCCACUGCGGGGCUCUGCCCAGACAUCAGAACUCUCACACUAUUAGCUGACACCAUGGAGCCUGGCAUCCAAUCACUGCACAGCCUGCUGGCGGUCGCUAAGCAACACGGUGUGAAGCUGGACGCAGCGUUCUACAACAGUGUGAUCCGCAGGGCAGCACGUGCUGGAGACCUACAAGAGGCUAAGGCGGUGAUGUGUGUGAUGCAGGAAAGACGUGUGCGUGCGGAUGUACGGACGUACGGCAGUCUGGCUCUGGGCUGCAACAGACAGACAGAUGCCCUACAGCUGCUGGGGGACAUGCAGGCGGCGGGGGUGCAGCCCAGUGUGCAGGUGUUCUCUGCUCUUAUUGGCUGUGCCAGCAGGAGGCUGGACUAUGUGUAUCUGAGGCUGGUGCUUAGAGCCAUGAGGGAACACAACGUCCCACCUAAUGACAUCAUCAUCACUCAGCUAGAACACGCCUCCCAGUACCCGCCCAACUAUAACCAGUAUAAGUUUAAGAACACCUACCUGUCUCAGAUUGAUGGUUUCCGUGGCUACUACCACCAGUGGCUGACCACCAUGCCCGCCCAGGAGACAGGAGGACCUGAGAGAGACCACCCGGCAGAGACGAGACAAGAUGGACAUCAGCAGGCAGUAGCAGCAGCAAGACGACACCGCAAGCAACACAGCUGAACACACACACUGCAAGCAUUGUAAAUGUGAGCGUCUACAACCCCAGAGCCAUGAAGCUGUUACUCUUAAGUGUCGUCACGUGUCCUGUAAAUAUCAGAGGAGGCUGGUGGGAGGACCUAUAGGAGGAUGGGCUCACUUGUAAUGGCUGGAGUGGAGUAAAUGGAACAGAGUCAAUCGUGUGGUUUCCAUAUGUUUGAUGUCUUUGACACCGUUUCAUUUUUCCAUUCCAGCCUCUGCAAUGAGUCUGUCAUCCUAUAGCUCCUCCCAACAGCCUCCAAUGAAAUAUAUGUAAACUGUUAUGUUUCUUUUAUGUAAUAAACUUCCAGUAAUAAAA